GAGAGUAUCCUUUAUGUAAUUUCAUAAGUUAAUCUACGAGUGUUGUUUCCAUAUUUACCCCAUUUCCCCUGACUCAUAUAAAGUACAUACCUAGGUACGUUAUACAUGUAUCCAUUCAUUUCCUACAACCACCUGCUCCGUCCUUGAUAUAUUUUGUUCCAAGUUCAAGCACGUACCGAGCACCUUUAUUAUUACUUCCAACCUCUUUCAACCAAAACAACACAACCAAAACAACACAACUCAACCCAACCCAACCCAACCCAAGUUGAUCGAUUAUAAAACAAAACAAAGCAAAACAAAACACAACAUCUCAGACUAAAUAUCUCAGCCAAGCAAAUAAUAAUAAUAGCCAAUCAAAGUCAAAUACCCCGCCAAUCAUUGCCCCCCUCGAACCCCCACGCAACUUCAAAGUUCCAUUCCAUCGAAAUAUCCCGACCUCCCGUAUUUAUUAGAAAGAACAAACCCAAAAUCGCGGACAAAAGUAAUCCGACUCCGCUGCCUCAUAUCUCCAACGCGCGCGGGCGCAAGCAAUUCGCAAUGCCCAUCCUCAAGAUUAAAAUGCCUCACCCUACAGCCUCAACUUCGAAUUCCCCUCCUUCUGCAGCCCCGACUCCCGCACAUUAUACUUCUACUCCGACUCCCAUUCAAGGAACUUCUCCUCCAUCGCAUACUCUCAAAUCAUCCAAUUCGAGAUCCGCCAGUCCGGAACGCCCUCCCGUUUCUCCCAUCACUCCUACAUUAUCGGCGGCGAGGCUAGCCUCAAACUCGAAUGUAAAUCCGAAUGCAAACCUGGGAGUCGCCGCGAGAAAUGGAACGGCGGGAUUGGAAUCGCAAUCGUCGGGUCACGCGCAACGAAGUCACAUCGGAGGAAAGAAUAUCGCAAUCAUGAAUAAUACCAUUGCAGCGCAGAAUAGUAGUCCGCAGCACAUCCCAACCCAUCCAGCCAUGCAAGCGCAAGCUCACGCCCUUAGAGAAACAUAUACGCACACGCAACAAGCGCCGCAAUCAUCGAUGCCGCAACCGAAACCGCCGCCGCAAACGAUUGAUUUGAGUCAGAAUCCAGAUGCUCUGGCCGUGAAGAGUGCGAUUUCGAUAUUGCAGUUGCAGAUGAGAAAUGCGAAGAGAGAUAUGGUUACGCUGCAGAGGAUUAAGGAGAGGGCGAUGGAGGAUCCAGAAGGGUUUGUAGGAAGUUUGAAGGAAGGGGAACAGAGGGAGAGAGAGGAAAAUGCGAGGAAGAGGGGAAGAAUGGUUGUGGAUACGGAAAGUAGUAGUGAUGAGGAUGAGGAUAAAGAUGAGGAGUCUGAGGAAGGUCAGCAGACCGAAAAUCCAAAGUGGGAGACACUACCGACACCUCAGAAUGUAGUACGGUGUCCACCCGUCAAUUGGGCAAAAUACGGAGUUAUGGGGGAGAGUUUAGAUAAGCUGCACGAAGACCAAAUCCGAAGGCCCAGUCAGGGGAUACCGGCUACCAUCAAUGCGGAUUGGAGCACGACGCACAAAUAUGGAGAUGGCCCGAAGAAGGAAUAUGUGAUGCAGAAACCACUGGGGAUAGGCGAGGUGGUUGCGAAACCGAAGAAAAAAAGAUCGCCUGCUAGUAAGUAAGAUUGAGCGGACCCGAGACGAGCUUCAAUACCAAACAAGGAACAUAUCACAUGGGAAGGUGUUUUUGCAUUUUAUACAUUUCAGCAUCGGGAUUGGGAUUGGGGUGGGUCUUAGAAUACAUGACAUUAUGAAUACGAGGUUACGAAUGGAUUUUUAGGAUUGGAGAUGGUAUAGCAUGGCGUUUUGGUCAGGUAGCAGAUGCAUCGCAGCUUUGGGGUUCUCUCUCUCUCUCUCUCUAUGUGUGUGUGUGUGUGUGUGUGCGUGUGUGUAUAUUGACUAGAUCUGGGUUGCGCGGCUACUCUCGUAUGAAUGACUAGCCAAGCUGCUCUUGUUCUCUUAAUUAGCAUAAAUAACACUUCGAUCUAAAUUCAUCAAUUCA